AUGAGUACUCUCAACAGGAUGAAGGAGUUGGUUGGGAUAGGCCGUGCUUCUCAAUCACGUGCUUCAUCGACGCUAGCCCCACCUGAGACUAGUGUGAACCCCCGGCACACGACGAUUGUUGACUGUGCUCCAGACCUCUGUGAACUUGAUCAGAACGACGAAUUUGCUAUCGAUUCUUUGACUGAUAGCGACGAAACUGUUACUGCUACGAGUGCACCCGCCACAAUCGAGGGUGACACUUCCUCCCCUUCCAAGGCACCUUACACGCGUGGGCAUCGCCGUCGCUCCACGCACGUUACUCGCCGUGACCUUGAGAAGUUUCACUCGGAGGUUCUAGGUGUUGAAAACCACGCUUCUUGGUUCGACGAGGAUAACGGCACUCCGCGAUCCUUCUCCCUUGACGAUCCUCAACUCGAGGAGCUGAAUCGCGCUUUCGAAAACGCCGACGUGUCCAUGAAUAUCGCUAGCAACGGUAUGGCUAGCAACGGUACGGGUCCGGGUGCUUUCUACGACAACUCCUCUAGCCCAGUCAACAUGGCCAAUAUGCCUCCUCGCCAGACACCGUCUCCUGCCGCCUCGGUCACGACCCAGAUCAAUGGUGGAAUGGGCGCCAUGGGUGCCAUUCCCAUGAAUGCUGGCCACCAGAUGGAUUUGCAUCACCUCUACGAGAUGGUGGUGGAGCUCAGUGAUGUGUUGAAGAACAACAGGGACGUGACCAAGAAUAUCGUCGCGAAUGCGGAGGAGAUUGUGAAGAAUGGAAUUGCCGACAACACUAGUCCGAAUGGACAGCAGAACGGCGAUCACUCCAGUAAUGCUAACGCCCGAAUCGCCGAGCUUGAGCGUGCCUUGGCAAAGGAAAAGCUUCUGGUCGCCCAUCACAAGCACCACCAAGAGGAAAACAUGAAGCUGGUUCACGAAUUCGAAACCUCAGUGGGUGUCAUGGUUGAGCAGAUCCGCAACUACUGCCAGAACAACAACAUGCAUUACCUUGCCCAGAAAAAGCACUAUAACAACCUCCUCCAGAGUGAGCGUGAUGCCCAUCUGGAAAGCCGACUCGAUCGCGACUACUGGCAUGCCCAAACCAUGAAGUGUACCGAGAUGAUCCGCAACGCCUACCGCCUCAGCUGCGAAGCCGAUGAUACCCCUACCCGCAUCAUCUCCGGCCUGCAGAACGAAGUGCGUGCCUAUCGCUUUGCACUUGGCAUGGAAGCCGAAAAGCCCGAGGACGAGUAUGGCUGGGAAUAUCUCAAGAAUAUUCCAGGUUUGGAAUAA